UAUCGAUUGAUAGAUUAAGAAUAACUGAUUGGGUCGACUUCGUUGCUCAAAACAAGAUGUUUGGCACGGAAUGGCUAAAGGCAGAAUAGACGUUAAAAUUUAACACAGUUAAUUCCUUUCCUAUAACAACACUGAAAGAGCGACGCGAGUAUAGUCUAUUUCACCUGCCACACAAAAGACAACAAUGAGCAUUCUGAGGGGCUACAGCUGAAGCAAGGCUAGCUUUUCUAAAAACGAGAACAACAAUGGGGGAUUCAAAGACACGUUAUGAAAUGUCCCGAGCCUUAAUGAAUCAUCUUGCACCCAUUAAGGAGGAGUCAUUUCUCUCGUCCUCCUCGGGAGCAUCCCCCAGAAAUGUCCAGCAAGUCCGUCUCAACAACCGGCCAAUUCUUAUUCAAACUCUACCACCAGAUCCAAGGAAAGCCCCAUCACAGAAACCGAGACCCCAACCGCAGCCCCGGAAGCCUGUGAAUCAAACAGACACGUCUGUCGAUCAACUGGUGGCUGACUACCUCCAUUUCGCUAAGUACAGUGCUGCUAUUCCCGUGAAGACAGACACAUGGGACAGCAACGAAACGUUGUAUUGUUCGUGCUGCAGUGAUCGUAACAGUGAAAACAUGCGGCGCAAACGCGGCCUGCCUCCAGAAAAACCAGUCCAUUCGUCUGCACAAAAGACUGAACAGCAACCCUCCGAAGCAAACGACAGAGUAGAAAGGUCAAGGCCGUUACGGACGACUAUUCCUCCAAAUCAAAGCUGGAUGAGUUAUCAACCCUUGCCAUAUGCUCAAACAUAUCUUAAUCCCGAAUUCAACCGACCAGCUGUUGUCCAAGAGUAUUUACAGAGCACCAAGGGGGAUGAUGAAAGAGACAAAGUCAGGGCUCAGAUUCUCGAAUCCAACACAAAGUUUGAUCAAGCUAUGAAAAAGCUGCGUUUUACAACACAGAAACUUGAUCCUGAGUUUGAUGAAACCAAAUUUUCAUUUUCAUGAUCUUCUCUUCAUGCAAGGAAUGCAUUUAAAUCAUGAAUUAUUUUGUUGCUGUUGAAUUCCUAACAUCUCUCGAAAUAACAAACCACAAGUGCCACUCCAAACCACUUUUUCACAUUCCUUUCUUGUAACAAUGUUGAAUAUUAUAUCUAGGUAAUGAAAGUUUAGUUUGCUGUUAGCCAGUAUCCAAAUACAACUUGGCUGUGUUCAGAGUUGAAUAUUCCUCAUCCCCACCGAAGUAGUGGUAUGCCAAUGUUAAGUGAGUAGCUCUUACACUUCUCAUGUCUUUUUAGGUAUCCAUUAUGAUUCUCCGAUAGGAUAUUCUGUUCUACUUUCUUAAUCAUGUCUGUGAUAUUUUGUUCUAAAUUUAUAAAGAAAAACA